GGGCGGCGGCCAUGGCGGUGCUGCUGGAGACCACGGUGGGCGACCUGGUCAUCGACCUGUACACGGAGGAGCGGCCCCGCGCUUGUCUGAAUUUCCUGAAGCUCUGCAAAGUCAAGUACUACAACUAUUGUCUUAUUUAUAAUGUACAGAGGGAUUUUAUUAUACAAACUGGGGACCCCAUGGGAACUGGCCGUGGAGGGGAAUCCAUAUUUUGUCAGCUCUAUGGUGAUCAAGCUAGAUUUUUUGAGGCAGAAAAGGUGCCGAGAAUCAAGCAUAAGAAGAAAGGAACUGUGUCAAUGGUGAACAAUGGCAGUGAUCAGCAUGGAUCACAGUUUCUUAUUACUACAGGGGAAAACCUGGAUUACCUUGAUGGUGUACAUACAGUAUUUGGAGAAGUGACAGAAGGCAUGGAUGUAUUGAAGACAAUUAAUGAAACCUUUGUAGAUAAGGACUUUAUCCCAUAUCAAGAUAUCAGGAUAAAUCACACAGUAAUUUUAGAUGAUCCGUUUGAUGAUCCACCUGGCUUGGCUGUUCCUGAUCACUCACCAGAACCUACGAAGGAACAGCUCGAUAGUGGCAGAAUAGGAGCAGAUGAAGAAAUUGAUGACAUGAAAGGACUGUCUGCAGAUGAAAUAGAAGAAGUUCAAGCAGAAAAAGAAGCAAAAACUCGUGCCAUUCUUCUGGAAAUGGUGGGAGACUUACCAGAUGCAGAUGUCAAGCCACCAGAAAAUGUGCUGUUUGUUUGUAAGCUGAAUCCUGUGACCACAGGGGAGGACCUGGAGAUAAUAUUUUCACGAUUUGGUCCCAUUAAAAGCUGUGAAGUGAUUCGAGACUGGAAGACUGGUGAAUCUCUUUGUUAUGCUUUCAUUGAGUUUGAAAAGGAGGAAGACUGUGAGAAAGCCUACUUCAAAAUGGACAAUGUGCUGAUAGAUGACAGACGGAUACAUGUGGAUUUUAGCCAGUCUGUUGCAAAGAUUAAAUGGAAAGGAAAAGGUGGGCGUUAUACCAAGGACGAUUUCAAAGAGUACGAGAAGGAACGUGACAAACCUUCAAAACUUGCUCUGAAAGAGAAGGUAAAACCAAAGCAAGAUGCCAAGUAUGACCUUGUGCUGGAUGAGGAUGUAGAAGAGUCUCAAACAAGUCACUCACACUUGGCUAAAAAACAAAAGAAGAAAAAGCACCACCACUCCGAAGAUGACGAUGAUGACAAGAGGACCAAAAAAUCUAAGGAUUCUGAUCGAAAACAUGAGGGAGAACGCUGUAGAGAGAGGAUAAAGAGUGAGAAGAAAGACAGGCAUCGGAGUCGCAGCCGUUCUCAGGAGAGAGAUUACAGCUACAGCAAACAGAAAGACAAAUACAAAGAAGACUUCCAAGCAAGAGACUGGGAUAAAAAAACAGACAGAAGCAGAAGUCCUAAGAAAUCAAAAGACAAAGAGAGGUCCAAGUACAGAUGAAGGAUGAGGAAAAGAAAGAGGGGGACUAAAAUAUGUUUUCUUCCAGUAUUUCCAACAUUCUUUCAAAUGGAUGUACAGUUACUGGAUAAAAGCAGUUGCCUUCUGUUGGCAGCCUGACCUUGUAAUUCUAUGAAUGCCCAGUGUAUGACUCUCAGAGUAAGCUGUGAUUCCAAACCCAUGGUUUCAAUAAAGUAUUUUAUGUUAGUUAAUUGGUCUGAAUCUCUGGUAAGGAAUGUUGUCUAAAGCUUUUUGGAAACAUAAGCAUGCACUAACAAGUGAAUUGCCCUUCUCCACUGUGACAGGAUUUGCAUGACGUACCUCCUUUAUUCAAGGAGGUUGUUUUUACCUUUCUGCACUUUCAGAUGUUGUGGUAGAGUGUGAUAGAAGACCUGGGGAGACAGAAGUGUGCUGUGCACAGUCCUUCCAGGAAGUGGGCAGAUACCAUUUGUAUAUGACUACUUAAAACUCUUUCCUUCCUUUAAAAUUAAGGGCUUCUGCUUGGCUUAGUCCCACCAGCUCCAUGUGCUGCCACCACUGUACAGCAGUGGUUAAAGGCACUGAAGUGCUGCUGCGCUGCAGAUUUGACAAGGAUCUGGAGAUGGUAGAGCAAUUGAGUUCUUGCUGCUUUUAGGAAAUGGCAGUCAUAGAAACAAAAACCAGCUUCCACUUGGGGAGAGCACUGAAUUCUUGCUGGACACCAGAGAUCCUCUUACUGGAGAGUUGUAACUUAACAGCACAAAGAGUUUCAACAGGCAUUCAUAGGCUUCAGCUAGCCCCCAGCCACUUGUGGGACAUACAGAACUUCCUGAUAUUUAGAAGCAAACACCUUAUUUCAGAUGUGCUCACUUUUCUGCAGCAGAAAUGGCUUUUUUUUCCUUGCAGAAAGUAAAUGCUUAAGAACUGAACCUUUAUAUGAAUAGCGUAUUGAAGUAAAUACUCAAUUUGUGUUGGUGGUCAAAGAGUCUUCAGAAUAAAAGGUUAAAAAAAUCAGUACAUCCAAAA